AUUUAGGUUUAGGAAUAUAAUUUUAGGAUUUUUUAAGCAUAGAAAAUCAAAUUUCCCUUGAUGUGGUCGGGUCCGUCUUUUGGCUAAGAAAUUGAAAUCGAAUUAAUAAAAGCUUCCUUGCUUCAUCAAUGGCGUCGAACAGCAGAGAAGCUCGGAGAAGGAGGAUUUUGGAGCGAGGGUCCGACCGUCUUGCUCUCAUCACAGGCCAAAUCGAUAACCUUCCUGAACCUGAUCCUUCUCCUUCUCCUUCUCUCCAUACUCUUAAUCAAGAUACACAGCCUGUGCCUGUGCUUUCCCACCACGACUAUCAUUCUCGUCCAAUUGAUUCAAUCAACGAUUCUUCUCAUGGAGAGGACAGAAAAUCUAACCCUGUGUUGCCCAAAGACAAUCACAGCACUGACUUUUCUGUCCCAACUAAGGAUGAUUUUGAUGGAAGCAGUUUGAUGCCUAUGUUGAGUAAAUUGCAGACCAAAUUUGAACCUAGAAGAAGCCAGAACUCAGCUUCAGAAGACAGCUUGUCAAAUUCAUCUUUGGUCUCUUCAAGGGAUCCAAGUGCUUCAGUUUCUGAUUUGGCUACAGAAACAAAGGUGGAAUCUCAGACACAGAAGAAAUACAGGUUUUUUACUCCAAAUCAAAUUACUUCUGCCCUUGCAGCCACAGAGCUUACUCGCCUUUUUUGUUCAAUAGCAUUAGCCCUUUUUGUUGUUCUAUCAUAUUUUGGGUUUCCUAUACUAGGCAGCAAGUUCAUAAAGAGCAUUAUAAUAAGCUUCAGGCCUCUCUAUCUAGUUUUGCUUACAAAUGCAACGGUUGUGCUUGCACAACUUCUUCAAAUACAAGGAACUAGAAGAGAAAAUAACACCCCAUCGGCCGAUGUAAAUGAUUUGGCUACACAAUUAGGUAAUACUUUAGAGAUAGGUUUGAUGAUUAAGAAGGGAGCUGAUACUGUAUUCAUGACUUGUGCUGUUUAUGCAGUUAUUGUGGUGUGUGGUGUUUCUUUUGCUCAGAAAUUUGAAUAGAAAAUUGUCUUUAGAAUUAAGUCAUGUUCUUGUAUGUAUUGUUUCUUAGGGAAACAUUCUUGUCCUGAAAAAUUCCUUAAAACAUUUUGGUGGAAUCAAUUUGGCUUCUGUUC